CACAAGCACACACACAUACACCUUUACACAAACACACACACACCUGGCUUCUGCACUCAGGAUGUCCUGUAAUAAGGUGCUGUCCUUCCUGAAGAGCCUCUCUAGGAGGAAGCCACUGGAGCCGGAUGGGGAAGAGUCCAACUUUAAGCGAUGCUUGAGCACUCUGGACCUGGUGGCCCUCGGCGUGGGCAGCACCCUCGGCGCAGGAGUCUACGUGCUGUCCGGAGAGGUCGCCAGGACGGUUUCUGGUCCCAGCAUUAUUGUGUCGUUCUUCAUCGCAGCAGUGGCGUCAGUGUUUGCCGGGUUGUGCUAUGCAGAGUUUGGUGCCCGAGUGCCCAAAACCGGCUCUGCUUACCUGUACAGCUACGUCACAGUCGGGGAGGUGUGGGCCUUCAUCACUGGCUGGAACCUGCUGCUUUCAUACGUCAUAGGGACCUCUAGUGUGGCCAGAGCGUGGAGUGGUACUUUUGAUGACCUGAUCGGAAAUAAGAUCGGCAACUUUUUUAGUGCAAAUACACCCAUGAACUUACCUGGUCUUGCUCCCUACCCAGACUUCUUUGCUGCUGCCCUUAUCAUGGUUUUGGCAGGCAUUCUUGCAUUUGGAGUGAAGGAGUCCGCCAUCGUCAAUAAGAUCUUCACAGGUUUAAAUAUGGUAGUUCUGGUCUUUGUCAUCAUUUCCGGGUUCAUCAAGGGUGACAUUGGGAAUUGGCAGAUUACACCGGAGGAAAUUUUCAACUACACAAUCACUGCCAAUCUCUCGAUUUCCAAUGAAACUUUGUCCAGUUUUGGACAAGGAGGGUUUUUUCCCUUUGGAUUUGAAGGAACGUUUGCUGGAGCUGCAACCUGCUUCUAUGCCUUUGUGGGAUUCGACUGCAUUGCAACCACAGGCGAGGAGGUUCGAAACCCCCAGAAGUCUAUCCCCAUAGGAAUUGUGGCUUCACUUCUCAUCUGUUUCCUGGCUUAUUUUGGAGUUUCGGCUGCUCUUACACUCAUGAUGCCCUACUACAGACUAAACCUUCAAAGCCCCCUACCUGUAGCCUUCGAAUAUGUGGGAUGGGAACCGGCAAAGUAUGCAGUGGCUGUUGGAUCUUUGUGUGCACUUUCAACAAGUCUGUUGGGAGCCAUGUUUCCUAUGCCCCGAGUGCUGUUUGCUAUGGCCAGAGACGGGCUGCUGUUUUCACCUCUGAGUAAAAUGAGCUCCAGACAGAGUCCCGUCAUCGCCACAAUCGCUUCAGGAGUUGUAGCAGCAAUCAUGGCCAUGGUGUUUGACCUGAAGGCUCUAGUAGACAUGAUGUCUAUUGGAACGCUCUUUGCCUACACCCUCGUAGCCAUCUGCAUAUUAAUUCUUCGGUACCAAGAAGAACCAGCUGUGAUCAGCGAGAAAGCAGACGUUCAGAGUAAGAAAUGGAAUCCGUUUCGCCCUCCAAACACGGCUACCGCUAAGAGCUCUAAAGCCGUCUCUCUGCUGACCCUCCUGACCAUUGUGUUUUCGAUCAUCCUGAGUGUGAUCAUCACAAAGGGUGUGGAAGCGGGUCUGAUUGCGGAGUGGUGGAUGAUUCUGAUCAUCACUGUGGUCGCGGUGGGUUUUCUCCUGACUAUUAUUAUUAUUUGGCGGCAGCCGCAGAACAGAACCAAGGCCGCAUUCAUGGUGCCACUUCUGCCACUGCUUCCUAUUUUCAGCACAUUCAUCAAUGUCUACUUGAUGCUUCAGCUCGGCAGUGAAACGUGGAUUCGUUACGCGGUGUGGAUGGCAGUGGGUUUGCUGAUCUACUUCUGUUAUGGAGUGCACUUCAGUGUGCAGAGGAAACGCAAUAAAUCUCAGAAACAUCCGGAGAUGGCUGAUGCUAAACUGGAGGACGAGCAGAGAAACGGCUCCAUUAUACAAACACAAACCAAGCUCUGAAGCCACGUCAAUGUCAAGUGUCUUGCACCCAGUGUUGUUGCGUGUAAUGGGGUAAAUGCACAGCUAGUGUUUUUCAGCCAACGAUUAACUUCCGGUGAAAAGUUAAUGAGACUAUUUUUAAUUUCAUAAGGUUCCUUUUACAGCAUUAAUGUUGUGAUGUAAUAAAAAUACAAUAAGUGUAAUAGACUUAAGCAUUCAUUCAUGUUGUUCGAGCUUAAAACGAGAUGAAACACAGUGUAAAUGCUAGCACCGUCAGGAGCAGCAGGCUAGUGUGGAAAUUCCAUUAAUAAAUACUGGGGUAAGAUAAAUUGUCAUAUUUUAAAGACAUGGCGGCGGGGAAUUUAAUUUAAUGCAGUGCUUCUUGUCCUGUCUGAGAUCCACAUUAUAUCACAUAUCAAUCAGGCAGCAAAGAUCACUGAUUUAUCAAGAAAACAGAUUGUAAACAGGCCGAUUUUAAAACGGAAAGACCAUUCACCGGAAGUGAUUGUGCUGGCUGACUGAAAAUGAAAAAGUCUGUGUGCAUAUACUCCAUUAGUUACAAACUAACUAGUGACUGUGAAUUACUUUUAAACUGGAAAAAGUAAAGUAAGGAUUUACUUUUAAUUUCUAGGUAAUUAAAUUAGUUACUUAUAAUAGACUUGCCUUAAAUACUGUACAUAAAUUCAACAGCUCUGUAUAAAUCAAUUCAGAGACCGGAGGAACAUAUAUUUUGCAGAUUAACUCUAUUUUUCAACUAAAUAACAUUUAUAAUUUAGCAAGAAAAUUGUAUAUGCUUAUGACAAAAAAUCUGAAAUUAUGUAAAGUUCAUGAAUGUUUGGUGUACAUUCAGAAAAGCAGAGUAAUUGUAUUUAUAUGUAUUUUUUUGUUAAUAAAAUGUAUUUUAUGACUAAAA